AUGGAGGACGAGGAGCGCAUACCCGACGCGAUCAGCGUCAUGAAGCUGGAGGGUGAAUCGACCGGAAGGCCUGACGCAAAGGUCAAGCACGAACGAGCGAGCGCUUCUGCUACGCCCAACGGCUCCAAACCGACGUCUAGAUCUCCCAGUAUGGCAGAUCUCAAGACGGAAGGCGACGGCGAAUCCAAGCAAGACAUUGAGCCCACACCCAAGCUAUCUAGGAAAUCAUCCUCUAAGACUGCCAGUCACUCUGCUCGUCUCUACGACCAUCUUCCUAACGUCACCGAGGAAUCAUGUACCCAUUUCCAAGUUAUCACCGACUGUCUGUAUGGGUCAAAGCACAUGGGAUCUUCGGAUCACGAUGCUCUAGACUGCGACUGCAGCGAAGAAUGGCGGGACGGACAGAACCACGCUUGUGGCGAGGACUCUGAUUGUAUCAACAGGGCCACGAAAAUGGAAUGUGUCGAUGGCGACUGCAAUUGCGGAGCUGGAUGUCAGAACCAGAGGUUCCAGCGAAAAGAGUUUGCUAACGUGUCUGUCAUCAAGACCGAGAAGAAGGGCUUCGGUCUCAGGGCCGACAGCGACCUACAGGCCAACGACUUCGUUUUCGAAUACAUUGGCGAAGUCAUCAAUGAGCCGACCUUCCGCAGGCGCAUGGUCCAGUACGAUGAAGAGGGCAUCAAGCACUUUUACUUUAUGUCACUGACCAAGAGUGAGUUUGUUGACGCCACCAAGAAGGGCAAUCUGGGGCGAUUCUGCAAUCACUCCUGUAACCCUAAUUGCUACGUGGACAAAUGGGUGGUUGGCGACAAGCUGCGCAUGGGCAUUUUCGCCGGCCGUAAAAUCAAAGCGGGCGAGGAAUUAGUGUUCAACUACAACGUGGACAGGUACGGCGCUGAUCCACAACCCUGCUACUGCGGCGAGCCCAACUGCACUGGCUUUAUCGGAGGGAAGACGCAAACAGAGCGUGCCACCAAACUGCCCCCUGCGACAAUUGAGGCCCUCGGCAUCGAUGAUGGCGAUGGCUGGGACACUGCAGUCGCUAAGAAACCCCGCAAGAAGAAGCCUAAUGAAGACGAUGAGGAGUACGUUAACAGCGUGCAACCCCGCGGCCUGGGCGAGGACGGCGUCACGAAAGUCAUGGCAGCGCUCAUGCAGUGCAAAGAAAAAUGGAUUGCAGUCAAGCUGCUCACCCGAAUCCAGGCUGCAGACGAUGAUCGCGUUCGGAAUCGUGUGGUGCGCAUGCACGGUUACCAGAUCCUCAAAACCACACUGGUCACUUUCCUGGACGACAACAAUGUUGUUCUACAAAUUCUCGACAUCCUCGACAAAUUUCCCCGCUUGACCAAGAACAAGAUCUCCGACUCCAAGAUAGAAGCGACAAUUGAGAGUCUCACGUCGUCUGACCACGAGGAUGUGGCAGCCGAGUCGAAGCGCCUCCUGGAUGAGUGGAGCAAAUUGGAGACGGCGUAUCGAAUUCCUCGAAAGAAAUUCGACCCCACCGCACCGGCCGCCAACUCGUUCGAGGAGCGUCGCAACCUUGACCGUGUAGAGGAAGUCACCACCACAAAGCCCCUUUCGCCAUUCUUGAGCAGUGUGGUAAUCCCAAAAGGACCGCGCAGCAAUGUUCCCCAACGAAACGUGAAUUUUUUCAAUGGUCAGCGGCCACCGCGCAGACCGCAUCCCGGCUACACCUUACCGUUGGGAUGGUUUUCUGCUACCGAUUCCCGGGGCAACACAUACUACUAUAACAAAGCUGGAACGACGACCUGGAAGAGACCGACAGCACCAGCCCCAGAAACCCCGAAAGCCCCAUCCAAAGCCGUGCAAGAUCAAAAGGCUCUUCAAGACAUCAUUGAUAGCUUGACAAAGGAUCCCACACCCAAACCUUCUGCUUCGCAAACUCCACAACCCGUCGGAACUCCUGUGCAGGAGCCAAAGAAGGAAAAAUGGCGUUCUCUGCCUCUAGAGAAGCAGAUGAAGAUCUAUGAGAACACACUUUUCCCCCACGUGAAGUAUGUGUUGGACAAGUUUCGGCACAGACUUCCCAAGGAGCAGCUGAAGAAAUUCGCAAAAGAGGUUAACAAGAAGCUUGUGGCUUCUGACUACAAGAACAACCGAGUAGAGGAUCCUACUGCCAUCUCCUCUAAGCAAGAGAAGAAGGUCAAGAAGUACGUCAAAGACUUCUUGGACCGAGCUGUCGAGAAGUAUAAAGAGCAUGAGAGGAGAAAGGCCGAGCGCGCAGCAAGGCACGCUGCUAACGGCACGAAGCCCUCUACUGCAGCAGGUGAGGAUCUGGCCAGCAGCGAGACGCCUGUUGGCCAUGAUGAAGUCGAAGCCAUCGAUGACCUCAUAAUGAGUGAUGUAGACGAUGUUCAGUCACCAGGUAGUUCUCCUGAGCGGAAGCGUAAGAGAGAAGACGAGAACUCGCCCAGCCUGACGCCAUCUGAGACCCCAUCAGUCAAACGACUGAAGGAGGAGGACGUCGAGCCUAGUCCUCCACCCCCACCCCCACCACCGCCCGAGGCCGCUAUGGACGUUGCCAUGGCGGAAGAGGAGGAGGCCUUUGUGAGGGAGAACGAGGAGGCGCAGCGGCUUGCCGACGAAGCUGAGCAGGAUAGAGCCCGCCAGGAGGAGGCGUUGCAGCGCGAGAACGAGGAGGCCAUGAGAGAAUUCGAAAUGGAGCAGAAGAGCAAGCAGGACCUCGGCAACGAUGCCGCGAUCACGCACCCGGCCAUCAAUGGAGAGGGCCUGUCCAAGACGGACCUACCAAAUGGCACCAUCAUGGAGGCGGAGGACAUGGAGUUGGACGCAAAUGCGAAUGAUGGUGGCGCCGUGAAGAGCCAUGAGCGUCAGGCACGUAAGCAGGAGGUCCUAAGCCAUUAG